GAGGAAAUGAAGAUGAAGCUUCUCGGUAUGGAUUAUUAAGUCCAUACAAUAAACUGACUCCUUACCGAAUCGGGCAACCUGACGAGCAGGAACCCGUCUGACGUCAUCCCCCGCUCCGGCCGCAAAAAAACACUCCAUCAUCCAUUGAAUUCACCACAAAAAGCCCCCUCGGGGACCGUUGCAUAGUAGCUUUGCCUUUCUAGCUUUAUUCUUUUCGGCUACCUCCUUUUCCUUCCUCCGAAUCACUGGCCAAGAAUGGACUCAUGGCAGCGAAAUACCCGGAUGAUGCACCAUAUCGGGGAGUUCUUUGACCUUGACCCAGACAAAUCCGACAUGGUAGCAGACUUUAUUGCCCUCAUUGAAGCCCUUCGGGAAGGCCUCACCCUUAUCGACGAUGGCUUCCACAUACCGGACUCACAUAUCAACCUCUUGUUCCUUACCAAGCUCAAGGAGUGUCCUAGAUGGAGUAGCUGGGCGACGACAAUGCUGCGAGAUAGCCGCGUGAAUGCCUCCAACCCUGGGGAUCGAAUGUCAUUCCAAGAGCUGGCAGAUCUGGCCAGGAAGCAGGAGAGCCUGCGGCAAUUACCAGGGAGAAGAAGACAAAGAGACGCAAUCUCAGAGAGGGAUUUUGCUUUCCCACAGAGGACUUCGAUAGGCCCUGAUACUCUUACCCAAGAUGACAUAAACGCCUUUAUUGUCCGACGAAUGACCCAUGAUGAAAAGAUGCACAACCGCAACCGGAGUAUACGAGGUCAUAACAAAAGGCCGAGUCAAGAAGAGAUCAAUGACUACGUGAUCCAGCAAAUGCAGCGUGAAGAAGCGGACAAGUCACACGACCGCCAGCAAGCUCAAGCGCCGUCGAGGCAGCCCCGUACUCGGCCGACGCCGUGUUCUUUCUGCGGCGAUAAACACCACCAGGUCGCAAAUUGCUGGCGGCGAUGGAGAGUUGCGGUUGAGGCGCCGCAGGGUCAAUUCGUGCCGAAGCGUGUUGAUUAUAAGUUCCAAUUACCGGGCCAACCACCUAUGUAUCGCUCCGGCUUCACGCUCUUUUAGAGCAUAUUGAGGUGGAAUUCAUGACUUUACGAUGCCUGAUUUUGAGGUCAAAAUAACUUGACUGACGCUUGAGUUUUGAGCAUAAGCAUGGCGUUCUGGGUGUUCUCAAGAAGUGAUCUGACACUUUGCAUUUCAUUCUUAACUAUCUGGAGCAUUAUAGCGUUGAUGGAGCUAAUAUACACUGUC